AUGCACGGCAAGAUCAUGGCAGCGCCGCCGGCGCCGGCGCAUCCGUACUACCCGCUCGGCGUCGAGAUCCCGCACUACGUGGCAAACACGGCGCCCGUGCCCGUGCUCAUGGUCUCGCUCGGCAGCAUGCUGGGCGGCGUGCUGCUGGCCGCGUGCGUGCUUGCCCGGCGCUGGAACCCCAACCUGACCCGCGCACAGCUCGCCGUCUUGUGCUGGUUUGUUUUGUGUGGAUCGCUACACUGCUUCUUCGAGGGUUACUUUGUCUUCAACCACACAACCGUUGCGUCCUCGCAGAAUCUGUUCGCGCAGUUGUGGAAGGAGUACGCGCUCUCGGACUCGCGGUACCUGACGUCGGACCCAUUCAUGCUGAGCGUCGAGAGCAUCACCGUGUUCAUCUGGGGCCCGCUCUGCCUGCUCUGCGCUGCCACCACGGCCGCGAAGUCGUCGCCACUCCGGCACCCGCUACGCAUCGUCGCCUGCAUGGCACACCUGUACGGCGUGGCGCUGUACUACUCGACCAGUCUCGUCGAGACGUACUUCACGGGCCGCGCCCACAGCCGCCCCGAACCGCUGUACUUCUGGGGCUACUACGUGGGCUUCAACUUUCCCUGGGUCGUCGUCCCAGCGUUCUUACUGUAUGAUAGUGUGACGACCAUUACCACGGCAAUGAGGAGUCUGGACGGCGUCAAGGCAGGGCUGGAGGGAUUUCAGAUGCGCAACGGGGCGGCGAGACAGGCCGAUAAGAAGGCCCAAUGA